CGAGUUUCAACCAGUAGUAAUUUUGUUAGUAAAGCCCAUAAUAAGGCCCAUUUGAAAACAAACCCAAAAGUUUCGAUAUUUAUCAUCCAUCUCCUCUCAUUUUGUAGCAAGGUAGGGUUUACACGCAGUCGCAGAAGAAUUCAACAAUGGUCAAGGUUCAUGAGUUGAGGCAGAAAAACAAAACUGAUCUGUUGGCUCAGCUCAAAGAUCUCAAAGCUGAACUUUCUUUGCUCCGAGUUGCUAAGGUCACUGGUGGUGCACCCAACAAGCUCUCCAAAAUUAAGGUGGUGAGGUUGUCGAUUGCUCAGGUGUUGACAGUGAUUUCUCAGAAGCAGAAGGCUGCUUUGAGGGAAGUAUACAAGAACAAGAAGUAUUUGCCACUUGAUCUUCGCCCAAAGAAGACCAGGGCCAUUCGCAGAAGGCUCACCAAGCACCAGUCUUCGUUGAAGACCGAGAGGGAGAAGAAAAAGGAGACAUAUUUCCCAAUGAGGAAAUAUGCUAUCAAGGCAUAAUUGUUGACAAGUUUUGAAUUUCUACCCCUGUAUUUUCUUUAUUCUGUUUUUCUUUAUCAGACUCGUGGUUUCCUUCCUGAAGCUACUAGGGUUUUUGCAUUUUGUUAGUUUGUCCUUAAGGAACCAUACUCAUUGCGGAUUGUUAGUCUCUUCAAUGUUUAAACUUGGAUUAAUACUCUAAGCUUUCCAUUUAUUUAUCAUUA